UCUGUGUCAAGAAACCUUUUUAUUCUCUCAAAAUUCUGCAUCCUUUGUUUCAAAACCUCACUAUUUAUGCAUCUACUGAAAUCUCUCUCUCUCUCUCUAAAAUCUAACUCCAUUCUUCUGGUUUAAUUCCAUCACCACUUCCUCUUUCCAAGCUCAAAUCCAUUGAUAUCAACAAAACCCUCAUUGAUUUCUGUGAUAUUUCAUCUGGGUUUUCACUUGAUUCAUCAAGAAGCUGAGAUUUCCAGUUCUUUUUGUGAAAAAUUCAAGUGGGUUUAUGAGAUUUUGAGGGUUUCUCUAAUGGCUUCUGAAGAUUUGAUUCAAGUCAAAUUCAGGUUAGCUGAUGGCAGUGAUAUUGGGCCAAGCAAAUACAGUCCUACCACCACUGUGGGAUCUUUGAAAGAGAUGAUGCUUUCACAAUGGCCCCAAGAAAACGGGCCUAAGACCAUAAAUGAUUUGAAGCUCAUAAAUGCCGGAAAGAUUUUGGAGAAUGAUAAAACGCUUGCUGAGUCGAGGUCUCCGGUGAGUGAAGUUCCCGGAGGUAUUAUCACUAUGCUUGCCGUUGUGCGCCCUCCUAUGCCAGACAAAAACAACGAGAAGUUGCAAGACGGCUCCCCGAAACAGACCAGCUGCCCAUGCAUGAUUCUGUAACCAGACCGGAAGACUAAUCGGGCUUCUUUAGGCUCGUGUUACGUGGAUUACGAAGUGGAAUUCGGGUGUUUUUUUGAGGUUGCUUAUAAAAGAAAUUUGAUCCUUUUGAUUUUAGAUGUUUAAUCGGAACUUUGACUUGAAAUAUACAAGCUUUUAAGAUAACUAAAGACGUGUCUUUUUGGCAAAACAGGUCUCUCAAGAUAAUUUAAG